GCCCACUGUGUACACUCACCUGCCUAGGGUGGGGUAGCCCUUUCUUGGAUCUCAUCAGGUCAGCACGUGCUUCUAUGUUCCACAGUUAUGUACUAAACUGACCCCACCCAUCAGAGGCCCCAUUCCUUUCAUCCUCCUCCUCCUCCUGCCUGAUCCUCUUCUACCUGGGCUACACCUUUGCCUCGGGGUAGGGGGGGAGCCCUCAGUGAGGAAAAGACUAAGGACACACUGAUGACCGUGUUUACAUGUUCAGAAUGCCAUUCUCUACCCUCCCAUGGCCACCACACGUGUGACCAACACAGAGUCCUAUGCCUGACCCUGGAAAGUCCGGAUUUCCUUCAGGCUACGGCCCAUUUCUGUAUAAUUCGACGAAUGGAACAGUGUUCCUGUGAGUCAAAGCUGGGCCAGACUUUACAGUUGUGUGGACCCAUACGCCCACUUCAGGGCUCCUUCAGCAAGACAAGGUUAGAGGACGGGUCAGGUGCUAAGGUGUAGUGGGGAGGCAUUUCAUGGGAACUUGGCAUGAUGCUGGGCAACUCAAGAUAGCUGUGGCCGGAGAAAGGAUUGAGCCCACCCUUCCUAGGAGGACUCUGCUCACCUACCCACUCAGCAUGCGCGCAAGGCCACCUACCGCCCCACCUUCUGCCUAGGGUCCCGCCCCAUAAAACAAAGCCACGCCCCACAGGAGAAUCAAGGUUCCCUCAUUCCACACUGUUCUGAGCUGAGUGGUGCAAGCCAAGGAGCCGUCCAAACCGGGUCUUUAGGAAACCCUGGAGCGCGGAGGCUUCUGGGAAUUAAAUUUCCACUGGGCACCUCGGCCGGGUUUACGCAUGCUCCCGCCUUGGGGCGGAGUCUAGAUGGGCGAUGAGCAAGAUUAAAAUGUGCUUAUGUAGUGAGCGCUGGUUUUCACCUAUUAAACAUGUUUCCCCCAGACCCAUUUCCUUCUACUUGCUAAGUUGCUAGGACUCUUGUCUAGACCUGCCUGACUGGCUCUACGCAGGCUUACUCAGUCACACUGGCUUGCAGGCCUUGUCCUACUUGGUGUCCUUCCUGGUGUUUUCUGGACAGGAAUCUGAGCCCGUCUCACUGGUUGUAGACCCAGAGAAGCCCACUGUUGUCUCAGCCCUAGCGCCACCGUCCUUCUUCGUCCUUCGUGACCACUGUGGACAAGGAGGUGAAGCUGCAAAAGCAGAAGGAUGCCAGGACCAAGAAUGGGUGCUGGUAAAAGAAAACUUCGGGGAGCUUUUACCCCAACUCACCAACACAGGGAAACCGCAAGUUUAAGAAAGGAGUGGGAAAUGUCAUUUGUGUCUGAAGCUCAUGUCACCAACUAUAAGUAAAGUGUAUCUGCCAAGUUGUGCCAAACUAUUAUUAUUAUUAUUAUUAUUAUUAUUAAAAUGGACAGCCCUCCAAAUGGUUUUAAUUGUCUUGUGCACUCAAACGCAGUUUGUACUGAGUAUGGACAGUUGGUGGCAAGGAGGAACUCAGAAUGGUGGCAGAAGAGAUGUGAGUGAUGGCUGCGUGACCCCAGCACAUCUGAAGACCCCAGAAUCUGAAGGCCUGCCUCCACUUCCUUUCUGGGGCCGUGACCCAAGGAGGAAGGAAAAGGCACUUGCUGGUAGCUCUACUCACAGUCACUGGGACCUGGAGCUGGACUAAGAAGACAGACUGCUGCUGCUGCCGCAGCCUGGACCAUGGACCCCCAUGAGAUGGUUGUCAAGAAUCCAUAUGUCCACCUCAGCAUCCCUCGGGCUCACCUGCGCUCUGACUCGGGGCAGCAGUCAGAGGAGGUUCCCUCUUCAUCGUCCUCCUCUGAGACCCAGCCUCUGCCUCCAGGAGCCUGUGCCCCAGAGCCAGUGGGCCUCUUACACACUGUGGAAGCCCCAGGGCCCAAAGCUAUCAAGGGCGCCAAGGGUGAGCAGUGCCAGCAGACCUGGCAGUCACCCUGCAAUCCCUAUAGCAGUGGCCAACGUCCAUCGGGACUGACUUACGCUGGCCUGCCGCCUGUAGGGCGUGGUGAUGACAUUGCCCACCACUGCUGCUGCUGCCCUUGCUGCUCCUGCUGCCACUGUCCUCGCUUCUGCCGUUGUCACAGCUGUUGCUGUGUUGUCUCCUAGCCUGACUAUCCAACUUUCAGGGCUGUGGGGCCAGGUUUCUGCUCAAUACCAAAGUGGUGAUGGACAUCAGGACUGUCAUGGGAAUCAGACAUUUCCUGCCCUGGACAGGGGACCCUAUCCACCAGGAAGGUUCAGCUGGAGCCCUCUGGAAUAGGGUUCCAGCCACUAGCCAUGUUGGCAGCAACAGGGACACCCUUCACGUCCUGCAAGACUUUGGCAAUAAAGCAGGAUGAGUGUUG